AUGGCGUCCACUGACACUGUGGUGGCACAUGGUUCAGCCCAGCAUUCCCAGGUGUUACUGGCGACGGCUAUCGUGAUCGUUGAGGACAAUAGUGGGCAGCGCUAUCCCGCGCGCGCUUUGCUGGACUCGGGAUCGGAGAGCAACUUUGUAACUGAAAGACUCAGUCAGCGGUUAAGGGUAACCCGCCACAAGGUAGAAGUCAAGAUUCACGGUAUCGGUCAAGCGGUAACCAAUGUUAAGCAGCAAAUCGAAGCCACCAUUCGAUCACGAGUUUCUGAGUUCUCUCAACGGAUGAAUUUCCUCGUCCUACCUAAGGUGACUGUCCAUCUACCGACGUCUUCCAUCAAUAUCGCAAAGUGGAACAUCCCAGAGGGCAUAGAAUUGGCUGACCCAUCGUUCAAUGUGUCCAUGAACGUGGACAUGGUUUUGGGAAUUCAGUCGUUCUUCCAAUUCUUCAGAAACGGACGGCAGGUUUCAUUAGGAGAACGACUACCGGCGCUCAACGAAUCCGUUUUCGGUUGGGUAGUAUGUGGUGGAUCAUCGGUUUCCAGUCAGUCGCUGAACAUCAGCUGCAACGUGUCGACUUCAGAAGGUUUAGAGGAAUUGGUAGCCCGAUUUUGGUCCUGCGAGGAGAUUGGGUCUGCCGAAAACUAUUCGCCACAAGAAGCGCGUUGCGAGGAGCAUUUUGUUCGCACCGUUCGUCGAGGAGAAGACGGACGUUACACUGUCUCUUUACCAAAGGAUACAGAGGUUUUGAAGCGAAUUGGCGAGUCAAGGGAUAUCGCCGUUCGUCGGCUUCAAAGUACGGAGCGCAGAUUAGCGAAGAACGAGGAUCUUCGUGGUCAAUACUGCGCAUUCAUGGAAGAAUAUCUCCAGCUCGGCCAUAUGCGGAAGGUCGAGAGCAUCACCGUUCCAUCGAAUCACUGCUAUCUACCCCACCAUCCAGUUGUGAAGGAAGCCAGUACCACAACAAAGGUUCGCGUUGUCUUCAAUGCUUCCAGUGAAACGACUACCAGGGUGACGUUGAACGAUGCGCUGUUGGUUGGGCCGAUCAUCCAAGAUGAUCUUCGUUCUAUAAUCAUGAGGAGUCGGACUAAACAAGUAAUGUUGGUAGCGAACGUUGAGAAAAUGUUCCGCCAAAUCUGGAUCAAUGAGGAGGACCGACCACUGCAGUCCAUCUUAUGGCGAUCGUCACCGGAGGAGGAAAUCAACACCUUCGAGCUAAACACCGUCACGUAUGGCACGAAACCGGCACCAUUCCUAGCAACGAGAGUUCUGAAGCAGUUGGCGGAUGACGAAGAAGGAAAGUUUCCACUUGGUGCCAAGGCAGUAAGAGAAUACACCUACAUGGACGAUGUUAUAACGGGCACGGACGACGUGGACGAAGCUUUGAAAUUGAGAGUCCAGUUGCAGCGGCUUACGACAGCUGUAGGAUUUAAACUACGCAAAUGGGCUUCCAAGCAUCCCGGCGCGUUGAUGGGAGUCCUCGAAGAGGAUUUAGCGAUCCCGUCAACUCAGGAAAUCAGUUUGGAUCCAGAUCCGUCAGUAAAAACGCUCGGAUUAACCUGGAUGCCAGGAACCGACACUCUACGCUUCCAGUUCACCAUUCCAAACUUGCAAGACACGAAGUUGUUGACCAAGCGCAUGAUUCUUUCGAUAAUCGCUACUCUAUUCGAUCCGCUAGGCCUCAUAGGAGCGGCAAUCACAACGUUCAAGGUGUUCAUGCAGGUAUUGUGGACACUGAAGAACGAGGAUGAACAACGGAUCGGUUGGGACGAACCACUGCCCAAAACGGUGGGUGAGACGUGGCAAGGAUAUCAUCAGCAACUUCCAACUCUCAACCAGCUGAGGAUCAAAAGGUGCGUUUUAAUUCCUGAGGCGCAGCGGAUAGAUCUUCACUGCUUUUCGGAUGCUUCGGAGAAGGCUUACGGAGGAUGCAUUUAUGUACGAAGUGAGGAUUCCGACAGAAAUGUACAAGUUCGACUGUUUGCUUCGAAGUCUAGGGUGGCUCCGUUGAAUCGCCAAUCCAUUCCGAGGUUAGAGUUGUGUGGCGCACUUUUGACUGCGGAGCUGUACGGAAAGGUUAUACAAUCCAUCAGAUUACCGGUAAAUGUACACUUUUGGACGGAUUCUACGUGCGUGCUGCGCUGGAUAGCAGCUACUCCCAACACGUGGAGCACGUAUAUUGGGAAUCGAUGCGCAAAAAUUCAGCGGCUAACUGAGGGCUAUCAGUGGCGACAUGUUCCUGGAUCACAGAAUCCCGCUGAUCUCAUUUCUAGAGGAAUAACCCCGACGAAUAUUGCGAUUAAUCACUUUUGGUGGCAUGGGCCGGACUGGUUGCUAUCAGAUCCGGAAGAAUGGCCACAAUUGGCAGAGCUGCGGAACAGCGAAGAAGUAGAGAAGGAAAGACGUCGCACUGCAACCGCGGCUACAAUGGCAACCACAGACGUGUUCGUUGAGGAAUACGUCGCCAAAUUUUCGACAUACUCGGACUUGAUUCGGACAACAGCAAUUUGGCAACGUCUUAUCAAGCUUCUCAAGAUACCGAAAGCAGAAAGGAGAAGUGGGUUUCUUACGUCGGAAGAGCUCAAAGAAGCAGAGCAUACAAUCAUUCGGAUGGUGCAAAGGGUAUCGCUCACCGAUGAAUGGAAGGAUCUAUCAGAAGGGAAACCUGUGUCCCGGAAAUCUCCGCUACGUUGGUUCCACCCCUACAUAUCGUCUGAGGGAUUGAUGCGGCUCGGUGGACGAUUAGGUCACUCUGCGGAACCUGAGGACUUCAAACAUCCAAUCGUCCUACCUAAGGGUCAUCGUUUCACCCACUUGAUUGUGACACACUACUACAUUAGACUACUUCACGCCGGACCACAGUUGCUGUUAAGCACUAUUCGGCAGAAAUUCUGGCCAUUAGGAGGGAGAAACAUCGCUCGACAGGUUGUCCAGCGUUGCUACCGGUGCUUCCGAGCGAAGCCGUCUGCGGUGAAGCAAUUUAUGGGAGAUUACCUAAGGAAAGAGUAA